GUUAGUCAUCAAACCGCAUAAAGCUAGGUGUCUUUUCCUUUCCUUUCUUUUCUUUUUUCUGUUUUCUCUUCUGGGGUUGGAUGAGAAAACCAUUGCCAAGAACCACUACGGCCACUCCUGAUCCAGCAGAGUACGUUUCCAUCAAAUUGUAGGGAAGGAUUAGGGUUUCUAAGGGAUGAAGAAACGUCAAGUGGUGCUGAAAAGUGGCAGAAGUUCCAGUACUACUUCGGCUUCGGUGAUUAGAAACGUGAGAUAUAGGGAGUGCCAGAAGAAUCACGCCGCGAAUAUUGGAGGAUAUGCUGUCGAUGGCUGCCGGGAGUUCAUGGCAAGCGGCGGGGAGGGGACGACUGGGGCUCUAACGUGCGCGGCUUGUGGCUGCCACAGGAACUUUCACAGGAGGGAAGUAGAAACUGAGGUAGUCUGUCUGAUGACCUAAUUUGGAUGCACAAUAAGAGCCCCCAUGAUGCUGGGGUCUACAUUCUAUGACUCUGGAUUCCAGCGCAGAUCCCUGUGCAGUGGGAGGACACUCAUCACGCAUCCAAAUCAGACCUAAAGCGGCAAUAUUAUAUCCAAGAAAAGCUAUCCGAGGUAAUAUAUGAAAAUAGAAAAAGGAUGUAAUAUCCCAGAGCAACUUGUGCCUUUUUGCUUGUUGUGUGGACUUCUCUUGAAAUAUUUUGCAAUUAAAGUACAAGUUCUCAUUGGCUAUUUUCCCUUGGAGCAACUACAUAUAUAUUCAGGUGCUCACAUGUUAUAGAUCAAAAUUUAUUUGCAGAUUAUAUAAAUUAUGAUCAGUUUCUUAUUUUUAACAUACAUACAUAUAUUAGUCAAGAUUAUUGAUUCGUCAAAGUCAACCAAUAUUGUUUAGCUACUCCAGAAUUUGAUAGUUAAUUAU